GUAUUUGAACUACAGUCAGCUGAUCUGUCAACCCAGUGUCACCUCUCAAAAUCGAUAAAAAUACAGGAUGACUCGUUUAUAAACUUUGUGGGGUUUUGAAAUUGAGUUGCGAAGAAUUUCGGGUGGUUUUCAUCUAGAUUUAAAUGCCUCGAAUAGGAAAUUCAUCGCGAACCGAUAGAAUGGAGGACCUUAGCGACGUUUCCGGCGAUGUGACCGUUCUCGACGUAUACGAUAUUGCCUCCGAUAUUGGAAAGGAAUGCGAAAAAAUUAUCGACAGAUAUGGAGCUGACGCAGUUACCUCUCUUAUGCCAAAAGUCAUUAGCGCUCUGGAACUUUUGGAAAAUCUGGCAACAAGAAACGAGAGAGAAAACACCCUUUUAAAUGACCUUCAGCUGAAAAUAUCGCAACUUGAGAAUGACAAACUGGAAAAGGCAGAGUACAGACAGAAGUUUGAAAAGGAAUUAGAAACCAUAGAGGAACAGUGGCGUUCAGAAACGAAAGAUUUAGUUGAAAUGGUUUCUAAAUUGCAAGAAGAAAAUCGCAAAUUGGCCAAAAUUCAAAACCCCCAUACUUCACCCCUUACGACCCCGGAUGGGGUUAACGAUGAAGUUCUCAAGAAACUGCAAGAUACUUUGGAGAAGCAAAGAGAUGAACUGAGGGAGAAAGAAAAACUUUUGCAAGAGAAAUGCUUGGAUGCAGAAAAUUUAAAAUCUCAAAUUGAACGCCUCACCACUACCAGUAAGGAGCUAAGAAGAAAACACAAGUUUAUGCAGAACCAAGUCAGGACUCUCUGGGAUGAAAAAGCUGAUUUUUUGGUUCAAUUACAGGACCAGCAGAGGGAUGUGAACGCGUUGAGGCAAAGACUUGGCUUGGCCGAGAAAGAAAAUGAAGAUUUAGUUAAGAGUGAUCUGCCUUUUCCCGCAAACAAAGCGAUAUAUGACCUAGAUGACCCGAACAGGCCUAGAUUCACCACACAAGAGCUUAAAGACAUUUUACAUGAAAGAAAUGUGUUGAAGGCAAGAGUCAGCGACCUGGAGGAUGAGCUGGAAGUAUAUAGACCUAAAAAGAAAGCUGAUACAUUUAGUAGAUUUUUAAGUUUUGUUAAUUAUUCGUCAAGUGUUGAUGCUAGUUAUAAUGAUCUUCCUUCGCCUGUAGAAGAAGCACUGCCGUAUCCUAUAGAUGAAGACGCCCCGGUACAAGGGCCGUUACCAUAUGAACCAGACGAUGCCCCAUGGAAAAAAUCUUCCGAAUCCGGAAUUAAAAAAUUUUUUCGGAAACUAUUUCCCGAAAGCAGCGGCGGCGGCGGUUUUCCUAAGCGUAGUCUAUCCUCCCUCACGAAGAUGGCUCUGUCAUCGACUAGCGACCCAGUGCAGUGCUAAGGACAUACAAUUAUUGUUUUACGAUGUUAGUUUGACUAGUUUUGGACAUUUGUCUGGAUUUUUUUAAAAGAAAAUGCCAUUUAAGUUAUUUUAUAUUCAACUACGAAUGAAUAUUUUUCUGAAUGGGUAUCAAAAGUUUUCUUUAACAAACAGUUUUGGCAUUUAGUCUUUAAUUGCAAUUUUUAUCUUCUCUGAAAAAAGCUUUUUUACCCAAUAAUGUUACUUGGAUAGCUCAUUAGUAAGAUACUAAUAUUGUAAAAUCACUUUAAACAGUAUUGAAAAAAGUAUAUCUACCGAAACAAAUACAUAUUUCGUGUUCACGACUAUAUAAAAACAAUGUAUCGAAUAUGCAUAUAUAGAGAGUUGUUGUUAAUUAGCGUUAAAUUAAUGCUUUUAAAAAAAAUGACAUUGUGAUAGCUGUUAGCUUAGACGCACGACAACAGAUGUUAAAUUAAAUUUUGGCACGGCUGUUAAAUUAAAAUUUCGCAUUUUUUUACUGUGAUAUUUUUUCACGAAUCUCUUUUCUUCCAAAUUAGGUACAAAUUGGACAAUCCGUAUGUUGUGAAGCGCAUAAGUCUUUUCAAUCAACCAUAAAUUUACAAUAUUCUCUUCCCGAUCAUAUUUACAUGCUUUAAUCACUAGAACAAUUAAAAUGUUAGUAAUAUUAUUCUCCUCUUCCCUUUGAAGUAUCUGCCUCAAUUUUUUAUUAGUAAUACUCUGGUUGAUUUGACAUAGACCAAAUUCUAGUCAAGUAUCAAGUUCGUUUUUUUUAGAUUUAACCAUAUGAUAUAAGGGGAACAAUUUACGAAUAUCUUAGAUUAAUCACAUAAUAUAGGAAUGGUCACUAUUGAUUUGGUAUUGUUUGUAUUUAUGUAUCACUUUUAUUUAGUUUGCACUUGUCGGGUGUAUAAGGAACUGUGCCAAAAAUAAGUAAAAUGUAAUUCAGUUCUUAUAAAUAAACAAAAUAGAAAGCUG